GUAUCUCAAAUAUCAGCCUCUACCAGUUGUAUAGUUCUCCCUUAUUUGAUAUCAGAGAGCCCAAUGGAGCCUUCUGAAGUACCUAGUCAGAUUAGCAAAGAUAAUUUUUUAGAAGUUCCUAAUUUAUCUGAUUCUCUUUGUGAAGAUGAAGAAGUUAAAGUUACUUUCAAACCUGGUUUCUCCCCUCAACCAAGUAGACGAGGUUCUGAUUCCUCUGAAGACAUGUACCUGGACACUCCAUCUUCAGGAACUAGAAGAGUUUCAUUCGCUGAUGCCUUUGGAUUCAAUCUUGUGUCUGUUAAAGAGUUUGAUUGCUGGGAAUUACCGAGUGCUUCAACCACGUUUGACUUAAGAAAGGACAUUUUCCACACAGAAUAUGUUUUAGUUCCACUAUUUGACUUGCCUUCUUCAAAAGAAGAUCUUAUGCAACAGCUACAAAUACAGAAAGCGAUUUUGGAGUCAACUGAGUCUCUUCCUGGGUCUACAAGUAUCAAGGGUAUUAUUCGAGUUUUGAAUGUCUCUUUUGAGAAGUUAGUGUAUGUGAGAAUGUCCUUAGAUGACUGGCAGACACAUUAUGACAUUUUAGCAGAAUAUGUUCCUAAUUCAUGUGAUGGUGAAACUGAUCAGUUUUCCUUUAAGAUUUCGUUAGUUCCUCCUUAUCAGAAAGAUGGCAGUAAAGUUGAGUUUUGUAUACGUUAUGAAACUUCUGUUGGUACAUUUUGGUCAAAUAAUAGUGGCACAAAUUAUACCUUGGUUUGUCAAAAGAAGGAACAAGAGCCGGAGCCUGUAAAACCCCGGGAAGAAGUUCCUAAUCGACAAAUAAAAGGCUGCUUAAAAGUAAAAUCAAGUAAAGAAGAAUCAGCAAUAACAUCAGAAGAGAAUAACUUUGAGAAUCCAAAGAUGACAGAUACUUAUAUUCCAACAAUCGUUUGUUCUCAUGAGGACAAGGAAGACUUGGAAACCAGUAAUCAAAAUGUAAAAGAUGUAAACAGGGCACAUGAUGAACAUAAUGAAAACGAAUUAGAGUUGAUGAUAAAUCAACACUUAAUAAGAAUGAGAAGUACGGCUUCCAGAGAUGAAAGGAACACAUUUUCAACAGAUUCAGACAAUUUUCCAAAUACAGCAGAGGGGUUAAAGAAGAUGCAAAUCCAUGGUGAAAUACGCACUGACUUGUUCCAAAGGUCUUUGUCUCCAAGUUCAUCAGCAGAAAGUUCCUUAAAGGGAGAUUUUUACUGCAGUGAAAAAUAUUCCUUAAGAGAUGAUCAUAGUCUUCAAACUUCAGAGAAAAUUACUUCAGAUAUGGACGAAAUCCAGUCAUCUUUGGGAGGAACUAGUAGUGGUGAAUCAGUGCAAUUACACAUUGGCAGCAAAGAAGUCCCGGAUGAUAAUGCUAACCCAAGCAAUGGUAGUGGCAGAGUGCAAAUAUCUUGCUCCUCCUCAGAUCAACUAAUGGCAGGCAACCUUCAUAAAAAACAUGAAGGAAGAGCUAAAAAAACUGAAAUAAAAGAUUGGGAACGUUUAAGAGAUUUCCAUCCAGAUGAAUCUGCACAUUUCAAAGAAUCAACAAAAAAGGAAUUAUCUGAGGAAGAUUAUGGCAACAGUAAGGAUGAUAAGGAACAAAGAAUAUACGCAGAUGCUAAUGAAAAACAAAGCAAACAUUUUCAAUCAAUCUUACAUGACCAAGAAAGGAAGAUGGGCCACCCUGAAAUAAGCAUGGAAGGAAUUGGAGAUAGAAACAGAGACCUAACUGCUCUGCUGAGCAAAGACACCACAGUUCCCACCUGGGUUGUUCCCACAGCAGAUACAUCUCAUUUGCCAAGGACAAAUUUAAGUUGGGAAGAAGCUGUAUUAACCCCAGAGUGUGAUCAUUUGACUAGAGAAGGCAUCAGUUCAGGAGGGUUAGCUAGUCAAGUUUGUUCAUCAAAAAAUCGAAAUGUUUUGAGGAAUGAUUAUCUUUUCCAAGUUGAAGAAGAAAAAUCAGGAUGGGUUAAUCCUGAUGAUCAGGAUAAGAACCCACAGCAUAAACUAAGUUGGAAUGUUCUGGAAAGUCAGGGAAAAGCAAGAAGGAGUAAGACAAAUAUAACAGAGCAGAUCAAAGGAAAAGCAGAUUGUGGAGACAUGUGGGGAAAAAGAGAUAAUACAAGGAGUUUGAAAGCUACUACAGAAUUGUUUACCUGCCAAGAAACAGUGUGCUCUGAACUGUCUUCUUUAGCUGAUCAUGGUAUUACCGAGAAAGCAGAGGCAGGUACAGCUUAUAUAAUUAAGACAACAUCAGAAAGUACUCCAGAAAGCAUGUCUGCUAGAGAAAAAGCAAUAAUUGCUAAGUUACCUCAAGAGACAGCACGAAGUGACAGGCCCAUCGAGGUAAAGGAAACAGCGUUUGAUCCACAUGAAGGGAGAAAUGAUGAUUCAUAUUAUACCCUUUGUCAACGAGACACAGUAGGUGUAAUCUAUGACAAUGAUUUUGAAAAGGAAUCACGUUUAGGUAUUUGUAAUAUAUGUAUAGAUGAAAUGGAGAAGAAAGAAACCAUGUCUAUGUAUAACCCUGGGAAGACACAUGACAGGGAGAAACAUGGCAUUGGAAACAUAACAUCUGUAGAAGAAUCCUCCCAGGAUAUUGCAGAAAAUCAUGAAGCAACUUCAAAGCUGGAUUUACAUUUGAGAAUGUUACCACCAGACAAAAAAAUAUUUUCAGAAAACAGAGAUCGUGAACGGGUUCCAGAAUCAAACAAAAUGGACUUAGAUGCCAUUGUGCAUUCUGCCUUUAACUCAGACACUAAUCGAGCUUCUCAGAAUAGCUCUCACAUUUCCAAACGCUGUACUAAAACUUCAGUGUCAUCUUAUAAACAGCCAAUUGCUGUGGAGAAUACAAUUACUACCAUGACUCUCCAAUCUAUUGCUGCUAAAUCAGAAAAUAAUUGUAAUCCAACAAGAGAGAUCCAGGGUAUUGAGAAGCACCCUCAUUCUGGAUCUAAACCUGAAGAAGUUUCCAAAAGUCCAGGCAUAGUGACAUCAGGUAGUAGGAAAGAAAGAUGUAUAGGCCAGAUUUUCCAGUCAGGAGAAUGCAGUGGGGAAAAGUCUCUAGGGCCAACAGUUUUAAUCAGUGAAUCUUUUGAGAACCUGGAAGAAGCUAAGCAUGAAAGUGAAGGAUUAAUAAACUCUGGACAAUUGCUAUGCUCUUCAGAAGGUAAGGAAUCUGAGGACUCUGCUUCUGCCAGUCUCCCUGUCCAGGAAAGUCAAGCUCAAAGCAAUGAAUCUUUAUUUUCAAAGUAUGCCAACUCAAAAACACCCUAUUUCCUUUUGUUUCUGAUAUUUCUUGUAACUAUCUACUAUUACGACUUAAUGGUUGGCUUGGCGUUCUACCUUUUGUCUUUGUACUGGCUGUCUUGGGAAGGGGGUAGACAAAAAGAGUCCGUCAAAAAGAAGUAACCUCAGCACUAUUAUUAUUCUCUCCUAACAGAUAAGCUAUUUAGCCCCAAACAUUUGGAUUGGUGAAAGAGACUAUUCAUUGUUCAAAGAUCCAGUGCAGUUUUUCUCUUGAAGGAUCAUUUAAAAAGGAAUGCAUAUGAAGUUUGCUCCUUCAUAUAAGUAAUUAUUCUAUAUAGGACCAUUAUGUUUGGAUCAUUAAAUACCUAUAUGAAUAUGAGAUCUGAAGCACGUCAAGUUGAAAUUAGGUACAGCUGUUGCUCCUUAGCAGGCUAUGAAGUUGCAAUGCUUCACAUCUCUUCACUACUUAAAGUGCUAUUUCUCGUCCUCAUUUCUUUUGCAGUAAAGCUUCAUUUUUUUUUCUUCCCUGAGAGUAUAUUUCCCCCUACGGUUUUAAAAAACAGAUAAAACAUGGACAA